AAAAGCGUGAUACUGUCCUGCAAAAGGGCAGCACACAUGAGGCCUAUGUAUUGAAGUAUGUGUGGAUGUGUCCAGGUCACAUUAGAAGCAUUACUGUACAGUACAGGGAAGCGCGUCACGGAUCCUCCCCCUCCAUACCAUAAUAACCCGUCAUGGCUUCCCAAACACGCUUCUAUAUUCUAUACCGCUUCCACACCCGCCGUCUACACCGGGCCAGCUCUCAUCCGCGGUCCGAAGCCUUCAAAACGAUGCCCUUGACCCAUUUCCAAUCUGGAACUGUCUGAUUUAUGGCGGACUGUGCACUCGGUCGGGUCGGGAAAUCAAAUGCAUUGCUCACCGGAUGCUCUCGGGUUUCAUCUCUUCCACUGGUUGUAAAUGUGUCAGGACUCGGCACCUAGAACACUGUAAAGCUGCUCUCCUCGCGUCAUCCAUACAGCUCGUCGCGCGCUUCCUUGUUUCGGGCCAAUUGCGGGACGGGCUGAAGCCACAGAGGAGGGGGUGGUCUCCGGACGCUAUCCGGUUCUUUCCGUAAUCCUGCGCCGGUGGAAUUUUAAAUCCGUUCCUCCAGCGGGAUCUGCUCGGUGGAGACCGUUUACGGGGACUGCUGCAUUGCAUUCAUAUUUAGAACGCUUAAAUGUUGCUUCGUUACGUUAAUAGAAUGCUUGUUGUUGUUUUUAGAACGUUUAAUUGACACAUUGUCACGCUCGCGUUGUUUAGAACGUUGUUAUUUCAUAUUUGCGGAAUGACGAUAUUGUUUAAAAGGUUAAGUGGUUACAUUCUAGCUCUCGCAGAAUGAGCGUCUCGGGACGUUUAUAACUUUUCUCUGGUACACAUUGCAAAAGUGAGCAGAGCAGCCCAGCAGGAUCCGGUGUAAAUAUUCAACAAAUGAUAGAGGAGGAGUCGGUGCACGAUAAAAGGGAUGUGAACCGAGACACCGAGAGCAAAGAGCUUCGGACUCGGUUUAAAGCGCGCGUUCACGGUGUCCACUUCAGUUUGCGUGAACUCCUGCUGCUUUAUUAUGACGAGUGAUCUCUCAUAACAGGAUUUGGGCAUUAUCGAUCGGAUUAUGAGUGAUGAUCCAUGCGAAGUGACACGAGAUUGACUUCGUUUCAGAUCGCGAGGGGAUUUUCUCCCCCCUGCUCUUCUUUUCCACCCGUUCAGAAGCAUAUGAUAAAAGAGUUAUUCUGGAAACGUAUUUGCAUCCGUUCUUUAAAGGAUGCACACAGAAAGCAAUGAAAACGCUGCAGGAGCAGCCAGUUUGGAGGAAUCGACCACUGAACCGCAGGCUGGACACACUGAACACCCUGCAAUGGAGCACAGAGACCCGCAGGAGUACGAGGAACCGGGGUGUAAACUGGCCCCGGAGGACAGCACGGUGCAGCUGAUACAAACCGGCUGCUCCGACAAGCGUCCGGGGACGCCGCCCGGCGCACACCCGGGACCGGGCUUCGUUCCCCCAGAGGGAGGUUUCGGCUGGGUCGUGGUGUUCGCUGCAACGUGGUGCAACGGCUCGAUUUUCGGCAUCCAGAACUCAUUCGGGAUUCUGCACAUGAUGCUUGUGAAAGACCAUCAGGAUCUGACGGACCAGGCGUCUCAGUUUAAAGUGGCAUGGGUUGGUGCUCUGGCGAUGGGGAUGAUAUUUUUCUGCUCUCCGGUGGUCAGUAUGUUCACUGAUCACUUCGGAUGCCGGAAGACAGCCAUCUGCGGAGCAUUUGUGGCCUUCCUCGGUCUUCUCACCAGUUCCUUCGCAACCACGCUGGGACUUCGAUACUUCACAUACGGGAUACUGUUCGGCUGCGGAUCCUCAUUCGCGUUCCAGCCGUCUCUGGUGAUCCUGGGGCAUUAUUUUCGACAGAGACUGGGUUUGGCCAAUGGUGUGGUGACGGCAGGCAGCAGCCUCUUUUCUAUGGGGCUCCCUGUGCUGCUCAAGAAAGUGGUGGGACCGCUGGGCCUUCCCAGAACCUUCCAGAUCCUCAGUAUCUUCAUGUUGGUCCAGUCGCUGCUGGCCCUCACCUUCAAACCGCUCAUGCCCAGUGGGAUGUGCCCGAUGCCAGGCAUGGGAAUGGAUGGAGGGCCCCCGUCCGACCUGGAGUCAGCGAGCAGGUGGCAGAAGGGCCUGGCCAAAAUCAGGAAGUACUUUAAUAUACGAGUGUUUGGUGUGCUGACCUAUCGGGUUUGGGCGUUCGGCGUCGCCACGGCGGUUCUGGGAUACUUCGUUCCAUACGUGCACCUGAUGAACUUUGUGAAGGAGGAGUUUAAAGACACUCAAAGGGAAUGGGUGCUGCUCGUGUGUAUCGGAGCGUCGUCUGGAGUCGGUCGACUGCUGUUUGGGAAGAUCGGAGACAUCAUACCUGGAGUAAAGAAAAUAUACAUGCAGGUGGCCUCGUUCAUAUUACUGGGUCUGAUGUCCAUGAUGAUACCUCAGUGCACCGUGUUCGAGGGUCUGGUGGUGGUUUUCAUACUGAUGGGUCUUUGUGACGGCUGUUUCAUCACUAUCAUGGCCCCCAUCGCCUUCGAGUUGGUAGGGCCCAUGCAGGCAUCUCAAGCCAUCGGCUACCUCCUCGGCCUCAUGGCCAUACCAAUGACAGCGGGACCACCGAUCGCAGGACUUCUUCAUGACUACUUUGGAAACUACCAUGUGGCGUUUUAUCUGGCUGGUGUUCCUCCAAUAGUAGGGGGUAUCGUGAUGUUUUUUGUGCCUCUGGUGCACCAGCGCAUGCAAAGACGGCAAAAAGAGGCCAGCGACCCCAGCAUGGACAAGAUGUUGAGCUGCUCUAACGGAGACAGGCUGCCCGGAUACACAGACAUGGAGACACACAUCUGAAGCCCACAGCCACACAAAGACAUCUAGGAUAACAUUUCUGGCGAACCAGCUGAUUGUGUGGUCUGUUGUUCCUGUCUUUCUGCAGGGAUUCAUCUCACCAGCACUGCUUGUGGCGUGUGCACGUGAGUGUGUGUUAAAGACGGUGUGUGAUGUAUUUCCUCUUUGCUUGGCUCUAAUCAGAGUCGAGGUCUCAAGGCUUUCCCCUCUGCUUGUUUGCUGUUCUGGAGAGGGACGUGAUCAUCCAUCAAGAGCCCAAACCCUCCUCCAGUGGCCCGCGCUGCCGUUUCCACCGGCUCCUGAGUGAUUGAACGACUUCCGCAUGCAGAUCUGGGCUGAAAUCACCUCCUGCUUGCGUUUCUGGAGAGCUCAGGUAGUGCGGGAGACAACAGUUAAAUAAGGACAGCAAAUGCUUCAGCACCUUUAUAAAGGAAACAUUAUUUGAUGUGAGAGAGCACUGAGAAAAGUGCUGUUUUCAUUGAGCUUUAUAGUUUAUUGUCUAGAUUAUGCAAAUCUGAUUUGUAAGAUUUAGAUGUUUUCAUAAUACGAUUUUUAAAAAAUCCUCCAUAGACUUUUCUGAGACAAAUCCGUCCUUCUUAGUGUGCUUUCUGCUGCCGACUUCGAUAACCUCAGCCGUGUUUUUCUUACCGUAACGUACCGCCGCUGUGUAUCGCAGUGAAUUAUGUAGUCAAUAAUGAAAACUAAACGAGGAAUCAUUUUCUUAAUGAUAUCUGCUGAAUUUAGUUCAGAAAUGAGCUAUGCAGUAAGACGUUCACUAACAGUGCCAUGACCAUUGAGCCAGAUGAAAAAUAAAGGAUCAAUAUUCAUAUAGGGGGUGAAUCUCAUGAAAAAUAAUGCCAGAGGAAAAUAAACAGAAGUUAUAUUUUGCAUGAAGAUUUUGUUUGAACAAUUGAGCACAUUUCCACCAAAUGUAUAUACAGUAAUGCGAAAACAAUCAUCAAAAUACAUUAAUGAAAUCAAAUCUAAAUGCAUAGUUCUGUAUAAAAUACCCCAAUGUAUAAAACAGAUUUUCUCAAAGUUGUAAUUAAAAUGCUAUUGACUGAAAAUAUUAUUUCAGUCACAUUUAAUUUAAUGUGUUACUUGUUGCAAUUAUUUGUGAAAUUUACCAGUAAUUUCUAAGUGAAAUUGUUUUAAAGUAAAUCCUAGACUAAUUUAUUUCAGUCCACCGUUUAUGCAAAACAUAAUUUCUUAUUUUUGGGGUAAAAUAUGACCCAGAUAUUUCUUGACAAUUUUCCUGAGAUCCACUCAAGGGCAACAUCACUACAUUUUCUAUUUUUAAAAAUCAGUUUGUGUCUCUUUUCCACAUUUGACUCCCAUUUAUUGUAUUUUUUUUUUUUUUAAGAAAUUAUAUUUUGCUUAUAUGUGUUGUCUUAUUUGUUAUACUGAAAAAAAAUCUGGCAUUUGGAUUCAAGUUGAAUGGACUUCAAUCAAAUCAAAGUGCGAUUGUCCACCAUGAAAAUGUCACGUGUGUAAUUCUGUGUAUGAAUGGAGAGAACUGAUUGCUGUAAGCAAAACAACAUCUUAGUGUUACACAAAGUGGGCCAUGUGUAUGAUUAUUAAUCAAGUACUAUGUGUGACAUUUAAAACUGCGUUUAUUCUUUUUGAUCAUUUGUUUCUGUAUCAGUCAAUUACAUUAGCAUGUCUCGUGUGUUUAGUGAGAGCAGCUUUUCCUCAGUCUCUUCCAAACACUAUCGAGCUGAAACAAUUCAGCCAAGAGAAAUAUUGAUUAUACGUUACAAACUGACAAUUUUAGUCUACAUUUGUGUGUGCAUGCUUACUGGCUUGGCAACAUGCUGACAUCUAACUAUUGAAAUCAGCCGCUAUUAUAUGUAAAGCGUUUGUGAGGUUUGGAUGCUGAUUUAGAUCAUAGGCAUCGAAGCGGCUUACUAGUAUUUGGAACAGGGCUGUGGUUUCUCUCUGCACUUUCAUCCGUCUGUUUGUCAACUAUUUCCCAGAAGCCCUUUAACCACCCGUUUCCGUCCGUGUUGUCAUGGAGAACUGUCCGUAUGAGCUAAUUAACGUCAUUUAGGGUACAUUUUCCUCAGAACUCAUUAGAUCCUGUUAAAAAAAACAAAACAACAGAAGAUGGUCACGAUCUUAACCAAACUGCCUCAACCGACCCCGUCCUGCAGGUUUAACCAGGAGCCGGUGCUUUUACACUAAAGCAACUGGACCACGAGACACCUCUUCAGAUUCUAGUACUGUGUGAUGAUGUUAUGUGGUGACUAAAGAUGCUUGAUUAAGAUGAAUCGAUGUCUUUAUCAGGAAUAGAAGGAAUCCUGUGCAUACCUCAGUCGUCUGUUUUAUGGUGUGAUAAGUGUUAGACAGAGGUGCACUUGCCUUCUACAGUUGUUUGGGCAGAUUCGAUGUCCGCCGUGCGAAUCUUUGAGCCUCAAAGCCAUGAUUCCUGUCGUUUAUGUCUCUCUAACUGAUCAGCAUGUGACUCAGUCAUAAAUAGCAGGCCCUGCAAAUGAAUCCUCAUCUGAUUGACCGUCCUUCCUUAGAGUUUUGGUUGUGCCAUUUUUGACUGAUAGCUGUGUUUUUGUAUGUGUGAGGGAUAAAGAAUGAGAGAGACAGAUACAUUCAGACAAUAAGAAACUCAGGGAGUGCAGAUGUUUUUCAUUUUUCAUCACCUGCCUGUGUAUUGUUGCAUGCUGCAUUCAUGAAUCUGCUAUGUCAUUCAUAUUUUAUGAAUAAAGGCAUUUGUGUCCCUGGACCACAUUC